UUCGCGGCAGGUUCCGGGCAUUAGGACAGUUCGUGAUGGCGGGGGCUGGUUCUGCUGCUGUGUCUGGGGCGGGGACCCCGGUGGCGGGGCCCACAGGCCGCGACCUCUUCGCCGAGGGGCUGCUAGAGUUUCUGAGACCCGCUGUGCAACAGCUAGACUCUCAUGUCCACUCGGUCAGAGAGAGCCAGGUAGAGCUUCGGGAACAAAUUGACAACCUAGCUACAGAAUUGUGCCACAUCAAUGAGGACCAGAAGGUGACCCUAGAUCUCGACCCUUAUGUGAAGAAGCUCCUUAAUGCCCGACGAAGAGUUGUGUUGGUCAACAACAUUCUACAGAAUGCCCAGGAACGGCUGAGACGUCUAAACCACAGUGUUGCCAAGGAAACAGCCCGCAGGAGGGCAAUGCUGGAUUCAGUUUACCCACCUGGUUCCCCAAGCAAGUAACAGGCCAGAAGAUGAUCUGGACCUGUGGCCUCAAAAUAGCACAAGUACUGUUCCCCAGCUGCCUUGUUUCAGCAGUCAUGAGAUAACUCCGAGAGACAUUUUUAUCUUAAUCCCUUGGGACAUCAAAAAAGGAGCCCUAGCAUUUGCAUUCAAAGGAACCAUUUGUGUGGACCCCAAGAAACCAAUGUACAGCUGGACUUAGAGGAUCCCAAAGGACUUAAGACUUUAAUUAUGGCUCUUGCUUCCUUCCAAGAAUGCGCUGAGACCUCUACAUUUGAUUUUUAAAAGCUGCAUACUCAAAGACCCACCUCCUCUCUCUUCCUCAGGCCUAAUUAACCAGGAAGGGCUUCCUGUCAUGUGCCUGGUUGUUGGGGGUCUGGGCAGCAUGUCCUUUACCUUUGACUUCUCAUUUUCCUUUGUUUACACUGAGGAUUUGGAGGAGAGAGCAGGCAAAGUCAAGGUGAUUGACUCCUGUCACCCUCUCGUUGAUUGCACUGGCUUGAAUAUAGUAGCAGUGUUGCAAGAAACAAUUCAAUAAAUGCUUCAACAGUAUUCUAGUUUA